AUGCGCCCUGUUUACGGACUCACUCCCUUUACAUACCAAGGCCCACGGAGUAAGAAGCUGGAGUCUCGAAGUACCAUCAUGCGUCGAAAGGACCUUCUUGGUCUCGAAGAGGCUAAACACGGCGAGAUCAUGUAUUGUCCGAGUGGCAAAGAGGAGUGGAGUACGGAUGAGCUUGGGCUGUCCGAGCAGAGCCCGGCCCCACCCCCUCCGGGCAAUUUAGUCCAAUCGGCUGGCUUCGUAGUUGGUUUGGACGAAUUCGAUGGUGGUGUCUCCAGAAGCUCGGUGGGAGUGCUUGAUCAGUCCAUGCUAGAGAUGCGGCUGGCAGGCGACUUUUACAAUGUGCCGGAGAAUGUUCCACGAGGGGUGCAGCUGGAGGAUCCGGGCAUGUUCCACACGCCGUUUCCAGGAGAGGAAGCUUCAUUCCGGCUUGACAGAAUGCCUUUUGAUUUUGACCACAAGUCUGGCUCCGUAGUGCAGAAGGUCCAGGAUUUUCCCGAGCUUUCUUUUCCCGCACACGUCAUGCCAGCUCAGGAGCCUCCAGGUGGCUGCCUGAACACCUGCGUGGAACUCCGAAACGUCCACGCACGCGAGGCCUUCACUUGCGCCUUCAACUUUUUCAAGACGAAGGCAUCAGCAUCCUUCUCCAAUGGCAAAGUCAGAGAGCAGAAAUUGGCCAUGAAGGCAACUGUGUUCCACACAAGCUGCAGCGGAGUGCUCGUCAGCUGUUUGCUGAAGGCGCGUAUCUUCUCAGCAGCAGAAGAUCCUUCGAAGCUCCUCUUCGAGUGCACCGGGCAAGCUUACCAAGGGGCGGUUAUGCUCCAGUGUCUCGAGCUUCAUGAUAGUUUCGGGGGCUACCUGAAACAUUUCAUGGCGCACUAUGGCCACUUCUUCAGGGAGAAGCAAGAAACGCACUUGUUUGUCUACAGCAAGCUUCAUCAGGAGUUUAAGGACAACCUGGAGAAGGCCGUCUCAGAAUGGUUGGCCGCGAAAGGCUUGACUGAGUGGCACCUGGAGGCCAUCCUGGAGUACGCGAAGGAGACGUCAGACGUGGAAACCUCUGGAAUCGUCGCAGCCAUGCUGAGGCUUCUCGAGUACCACACAUGGAUCGAAUACAUUUUUGGACUCAAAGAAAGUCCCGAGAUUCAAGAGCUUCUGUCGGAGCAGUGGAGUCAACCCGGAUGGGAGCGUAUUGGAGACAGUGAAGUUGACUGGACGGUGAGACGGUGGGAGGCAUGGACUGACGAAGAGUGGCAUGCCUGGUGGGCAUCCCGCCAGCAGUGGUCUGACGAAGAGUGGGAGGCAGUCUUGAACUUCUGGAAGACCUUUGAUUCCUUUCCGUUCCUUGCCGUCUUUGCAGCCGGUCAUAGUGUGCUGGCUAUGGAAUACCCACAGUUCCGACGCUGCAGCGGCGACGCACUGGCCUUCGCACAUGCUUUCGAGGAGGCGUCCAAACACUUGCGGUCCAACCUCAUGGCGGACGCCGACGUGAGCCGUGACAGCGACGCGAUUCACGACAGGAUCCCGGGCACAGGUGAGGAGCACAAUCAAAUUCAACCCCUCGUUGAUAUGGUUGCUGCUGGCAGUCCGUCCACCUUGGAGGCUGAAGCAGUCGCAGCCCUGGCAGCCUUGGCCCUGAGCGCUGACCCAGCAGGGACCACAGCCUUGCUGGCUGCGCUCCGAGAUGUGCAGAAGACCCUUGUCGAGCUUUGCGUGAACAGCAGCACCUCUAUCGACACAGCGUACCCGGCGGCGAGACUUGUCUCCAAGCUGGUGUGCAAAUCGGAUGUAGAUGCGGAGGCUCAACAGAUCGCAUGUGACCUCACCCGAGCAGUGUGCGGAGCCACACAUCUUGAUUCCUUGGUGCGUGGGGAGCUAGCGGAGGCAGUUCGAGCCGUUGCUAGGAAACGCACUAUGCAGCUCCCCAUGCAGAGUGGUCUAGAUGAGCGCCAGCUGGCACAGGCCUUACAAACACUGGAGGAGCCUGGGCCCUUCAUGAAGCUGCAAGAUGGGGUGAUGGCGUAA